AUGCCGGGGUUUUGUGCGCAAGCAGAAGGCGACCAGCAGGGACCGCACUACAGACCAGACGUCUCGUUUAAAAGGCUGUGGGCCACUCUCAUCAGCCGGCCAGGGGCAGUGCAGCUACGGAGCUAUGCCAAGAAGCCGGUUGCUAAAGGAAAGGGGAAGGGAUUUGUUAAAGAGGUUCAGAAAGGACCUGAAGUCUGUAAAGACCCAGCUCUCCUGACAACACAUGCCAUGGGGGUGAAUAUCUACAAGUCUGGAUCAGAUGUGAAGCUGAUGGACGAUUCCCAGUAUCCUGAAUGGCUUUUUCAGUUGGAUUUGGAACCACCUAAACCUUUGGAAGAAAGAAGUCCAGAUACUCCUCAAUACUGGAAACUUCUGCGAAAGUUGCACAUGUGGAGAAACAAUCGUCUAGCCAAGGCCAAGAAGUUUUAAUAAUCAACCUAUUAUCUUAUAAAUGAACAAACCUCUGAAAAUCAUAAAUAAAUAAUUUUUCUUUAUAUACUACGUGUUCAGUUAACUUUUGAAAAUGCAUAAAAACAAAAUCAAGUUUA